AUGCGUCGUUGCAGGGGUGUCGUGGUCGCGGUGUGUCUGGCGUUGGUCACGCUCUUCCUCGUUCUUACGUCCAAAUUGGUGCUGGUGAGUGAGGACGCUAGUUACGAGGAGGGGUUUUCGGUGGUAGAGGGCUACUCGUAUCGGAUGGACGGUUCGUGGGAGACGGAGAUCGGUACGGUCUCGAGGACUACGGAGACCCUAAAGACGCAGCGUCACGUAACGCCGUCCCUGGCAGAGCUAGGCGCUCGUGGCAGUACUCCCCGUUCGAGCAAGCACGUGUUGAUGGUUACGCGGGUACCCGGCGCCGGUGCCGAGCUGCUCGUCCUCGUGCUCCAAAAGCUCCAGGGCUACAACGUCUUCAAGCACAUAAGACUGCCACCAGGCGACGAAGGCGCUCUCAGUACUCUCCAGCAGGAACUGCUGGUCGAGGAGGUGACGAGCAUCAUUAGACAGGAGGCGAUUCCACUGUCGUUCGACGGGGACGUCAGAUUCUUAAAUUUCACCGAGUUCGGGCGCCCUGCGCCCACUUACAUAUCCUUAAUCAGAGAUCCCCUGGACCCGAAGACCUUACACUGGCUCAAGACGGGAGCUUCCGGUACAAUCUACAGAGGCUCGAUAGCCCAUUUUUGUGGACACGACGAAAGGUGCUCGGAGCGGAAUAACGUGUGGGCGCUCGAGCAGGCCAAGGCCAACGUAAUCAGGUGGUACCCGAUCGUGGGAGUCUUGGACCGGAUGGAGGAGACCGUCGGGAGACUCGAGAAGGCCUAUCCGUACUUCUUUGAGGGUGCAUCCAUAAUUUACGAUAAGCUACGACCAAAGAAACAAUACAAUAACGGUAGAGCGACUAUGAAACCUAAAGCGAAGAAGCGUUUAGAAGAACUCUUUAAAACUGAAAUUGAGUUUUAUGAAUGGACAAAGUGGCGUUUAUUGAACACUACAGCUGAAAAUGGCUGAAUGUUUGAUAUCAAAUGAAUAUCGUUGUUCCAGUGAGACAAAACUUAUUGUGUACUAAAGUAAGUUUUACAUGAGCAAAAAUUUGAUUAGAA